UUCCUCUUUCCCUCUUUUUGCCGUAACUAAACCAAUUUUAAGACAUGUACACAGGGAACUUCCUAUGUAUAUCAGUAGCUAAACCAAUUUUAAGAAAUGUAGACAGGAACUUUCCUAUGUAUAAUAUCAGUAACAUUUUACCUGUGUAUUAUUUGUUACGUUCUUCUGCUCUUCUUUAGGGAAUUCAAAAAACAAUCAUUUUCAAUAUCAUGAUAAUUGUUUUGGACCACCAUUUUUCUUCCUCGCGUUUUUUGGCAUACAUGGUUCUGGUCCAAUUAUUUACUUUUUUUCCCCAGCUAAACAUAGGACUUGUUGAGGUGUUGGGAUACUCUCAAUUCCCUAUGCGCUUUCUCAAGGAGGAUGGCUGAGCUUAAUACUGCUUUUUCUAGUGGCAGUUCUCUGUUGGUAUACAGGAUUACUUCUAAGACGUUGUAUGGAUUCGGACCCACUCAUCAGAAGUUAUCCUGAUAUAGGAGAGCGAGCUUUUGGAUACAAAGGAAGAACUCUAGUAUCCAUCUUCAUGUAUCUUGAGCUAUACUUAGUAGCUGUUGAAUUUCUGAUACUAGAAGGUGACAAUUUAGACAGGUUGUUUCCAAACACAGGUGUCAAAUUUGCUGGACUAUACAUUGGAGGUAAAACAGCCUUUGUUCUGCUCACUGCGCUUGUAAUCCUGCCAACGACAUGGUUAAAGAGUCUAGGCAUGCUGGCCUAUGUCUCUGCUGGUGGGGUUAUGGCUUCUGUUCUUUUGGUUGGUUGUGUUUUGUGGGUUGGUGCAGUUGAUGGUGUGGGGUUCCAUGAAAAUGGUGUGCUUUUGAAUGGGGGAGGAUUACCUACUACUUUAAGCUUGUUCACCUUUUGUUACUGUGGUCAUGCAGUUUUCCCCACGUUGUGCAAUUCCAUGAAAGACAGAAGCCAAUUCUCCAAGGUUUUACUUAUCUGCUUUGUUACAAGCACCAUCACUUAUGGAUCAAUGGCAGUUCUAGGCUACCUCAUGUAUGGAGAAUAUUUGAAAUCUCAGGUGACCUUAAAUCUUCCAAUCAGAAAAAUUGGUUCAAAAAUAGCAAUAUAUACCACUCUAAUCAAUCCCCUGACCAAAUAUGCGGUCAUUACUGCUCCAAUUGCUACAGCUAUUGAGGACACAUUGGUUUUCCGCAACAGCAGAUAUCUCAGUAUCCUCAUCAGAACUGUGAUUGUGAUCAGCACGGUCGUUGUGGCACUAACAAUUCCCUUUUUUGGAUACGUGAUGGCUUUUAUUGGUGCGUUUUUGAGUGUCACUGUCUCCAUGUUGUUACCCUGCUUGUGCUACCUUAGGAUUGACAAAUCUGCUAGAAGAUUUGGGUUAGAGUUGGUGUUAAUUGUGGGAAUAUUGAUAGUCGGGUCUUUUGUGGGUAUAAUAGGUACAUAUACUUCUAUCAAACAAAUUGUAAAACAUCUCUGAAACUUAAAGAUGGUGCCAUUAAGCUUACUGACAAUAAGAUAAACAAUUCGUAGGCGCAA